AAGUCUCGUCCUGGCUGCUGCAGCUCGACUGCGGCUCAGAGUUUUGACGCGUCUCUCUCUCCUCUGUUGAGUUGGCAGUUUGUUUUUUAAGAUGCUUCCCGCUGCGUUCUCCGUUACAUCGGCAACAUUAUUAUUGUUACUAAUAUUCUUCAUCGGCCUGACAGAGAGCAAACAAAAAGACUUUUACACUUUUAAGGUGGUAAACAGCAGAGGGAAGCUGGUUUCUUUGGAGAAGUACCGCGGUUCGGUGUCCCUGGUGGUGAACGUCGCCAGCGAGUGCGGUUUCACCGACCAGCACUACCGAGACCUGCAGCAGCUGCAGCGGGACUUCGGUCCGUUUCACUUCAACGUCCUGGCUUUCCCCUGCAACCAGUUCGGCCAGCAGGAGCCCGGCAGCGACAAGGACAUCGACAGCUUCGUGCGAACCGUGUACGGAGUCUCCUUCCCGCUAUUCAGCAAAAUCGCCGUGGUUGGAACAGGAGCCAACAAUGUCUACAAACACCUGGCAGACGUGUCCGGAAAAGAGCCUGACUGGAACUUCUGGAAGUUCCUCAUCGACGUUGAUGGCAGAGUGGUGGACGCCUGGGGCCCGAAGGUUCCCGUCACGGAGAUCCGGCCGAAGAUCGCCGACAUGGUGCGGCAGAUAAUCCUGAAGAAGAAGGAAGAGCUUUAGCUCUCCGUCUCCUCCAUGAACUGAACACAAGUUUUACAUUUCCACUUUUAUCCGCAGCAGCUCCGGCUACUUUCUGAGUGCACUGAUCCAACACCAUUCACUCUUUCAAAAAAAAUCGGAUGUUUUUAGGAACACUUUUGAACCAAAGAGCUUGUUUUUAAUAAACUUUCACUGUGAUUCACUGGUAGGUGGGACUCGAUUGCAGAGUCUUUCAUUAAUCGCAAUUUAAUUGAAGACUACAGUAUAUUGACAAAAAAGCAACAUUUUCAAUUCAGAAACCCCUUUUCCUGCUAAAUAAAUGAAAACAUAAAUGAGCUCAAUAACAGAUAUUUACUUUUUAAUCUGUUAUUUAACCAUCAAAUUAGUGCAAAGUUCUUUUGUAUCCAUUCAGCGUCAGAUUUACGGGUUUACAGCUACACCUUGGGUGUAGCUGACCAAAGGUGCUGAAGCUCAGCCUGGGUUGCUAGGCAACGGGUGGAAUUCUGCUGGGGUUGCUAGGUAACGGUGCCCGUCAAUUGUGGCUCAACAAAUGAGGUUUUUGAAACGGCUCAUUU